GUCAGUUCCGCGAAGGUGCUGAGUCGGUCUGUUGCGUACGCGAAAGACAAAAAAGAAUCGGUAACCUUUCGCGAGAUUUGUUGUGAUUGCAUACGAUUAAGUGUUAUUGGUUUAUUGGAUAAUUUCUUGUUUUCUAUCGGUAUAGCAGCAAACCGACAUACCUUGAGAAGUCGAAAAUCGGCAAUUGAUGCCCUUUCACCAUCGAUAACCAUGCAAGUUUGUGAAAUCAUGAUGGAUUAAUUAGCGAAAAUUGUCAUGGUUGCCAUAAUAUAUCAAUUAUAUUAAAUCAGUGUUGUAAUUGGAAGAAGUGCAGUUAAAUAAUUCUCAUUAGUGAUUAACUUUUUUAAUUUAACGAUGUUAAGUGAUGUGUGAUGAUUGGUUCAGUGACACCACCAAUGGUUGAGAAAAACAUUUUAAGCGAACGAUGAUAUCUCAUUUAGUGUUGUUUGGUGUAUGUCUUGCAGGAUAUGUUUCUCUAGCGGCUACGUUACCCUGGGUUCACCCCUCUGUAGAGGUGCUAGACGAACUCAACGAUGCCAAAAUAUACCAAGCCGUUGUAGAGUCCAUGAAUGAUUGGAAUAGGAAGCAGGAACAAAAAAGGAUAAACAACAGGCUGAAACGCGAAGAUAUUCCAAGUGCUUGCUAUGAUAAACUAGGAUGUUUCGAAGCAUCUGGUCCGUUCGGAUAUCUAGACACUCUUCCAAGCAAACCAGAAGAAAUAGAUACCAAAUUCUUGAUGUUCCCGGGUAGGCGAAUGAGAAAGAGUGGUUCACCGCCUGCAGAAGUGCCUUUCGAAAAAUUAGAUGAAGCAUUCGAGUGGGCCAAACAGGGAUUCAAUAGCAGCCUUCCCACCAAGGUCCUCAUCCAUGGUUUUGGCAGCGAUUGCAGCUACAUUUGGGUGUAUGAAAUUAGGAGUGCCCUCAUGGCUGUGGAAGAAGUGAACAUAAUAUGUGUGGAUUGGAGCAAUGGCGCUGCACUACCAAAUUACGUGAAAGCCUCAGCGAACACGAGACUAAUCGGAAAACAGUUGUCUCUCUUACUGAGUGGUCUUGUUGAGAAAAAUGGGUUAUCACUGAGGAAGACGCAUUUGAUUGGCUUCAGUCUUGGUGCUCACAUAGCAGGAUUCGCAGGAGCAGAUUUAGGAAAUCUGAGCAGAAUAACAGGUUUGGAUCCGGCUGGACCCCUCUUCGAGUCGCAAGAUCCCAGGGCCAGACUCGAUCAGGCCGACGCCGAUUUUGUAGACGUGAUCCACAGUAACGGCGAGAAUCUGAUCCUAGGUGGUUUGGGAUCGUCCCAGCCCAUGGGACACGUGGACUUUUAUCCCAACGGCGGCAGGAUGCAGAAAGGAUGCAGUCAUUUGUUCGUUGGAGCUGUCAGUGACAUAAUCUGGUCAUCACCCAUAGAAGGCAGAUCACUAUGCAAUCACCGAAGAGCCUACAAAUUCUUCAUAGACUCAGUUUCUCCUAGAUGCCAUUUUCCUGCCUUCCCGUGUGAGUCGUAUGAAGAUUUUCUGGAUGGUAAAUGCUUUCCUUGUACAGAAGAAAGAGUAUGCGGAAAUAUGGGUUACUAUGCAGAUAGAUCGAAAGGACGAGGACAGCUCUAUCUACUCACCAGAGACGAAGAGCCAUUUUGCGCACAUCAGUACCACGUGAAAAUUGAAUCAUCUUUCAGUCCAGUAACGGUGAAAAGUUAUGGAAAAAUGCAGAUCACCCUAAUUGGAGACAAUUCAUUGAAUGAAACGUUUACGAUGACCAAGAAAGAUGAUGAAGAGAUGAUAUUAGGUGAAACAAUAUCUAGGAUGGUAGUACCUCACCCCAUUCUAGCUCAAUUGACUAAAAUAGAAGUAUUGUACACGGCAUACAGUGGUUGGCUUUCUUCCGGUCUAACCCAAUGGAGAAUGGAUAAGGUGACCUUGAUGGAUAGUUUUGGAAAAAUGUUAUCAGUGUGCAAGAAAAAUCUCAUACUUGAAUCUGGAUCACCUAUGAUACUGCCCUUAUAUCCAGGAGAAUGUAAUGUACCAGCUGACAAACCAGCAGAUCAAGCAACUGAUAGAGUUCAUGAAAUAGAAGACAAAAUAAUGGACGACUUCGAUACGAAACCAGAUUUUAUCCCAACACAAGUUGUGAGAGUGGGCCUAGAAGAUACUGUUGCCAAGAAGGAAGGCCCUGGAGGAGAUUUUCGGACAUCUAGUGAUUUUUUCGAUGUACCAUGGAGAAAUGAUAAAGAGAAUGAUCUUAUAGAAGAAGCCGAAUCGAGUCGAGCUUUCAACACAAGAAUCGUUAGACUUGGUAAUGCCAAUAAACCAGAUGAGAAAGAAAUAGUUGAACCAAUUUUGAAACCACUUCAAAACAAGAAUGCUAGAUCACAUGACCCAGAAAGAGAGAAAGGAGAAAUAACAGAACCGAUUCUAGGUCCCACAACAAGCAAAACAUCUGGAGUCACUAAGACACCAGAAGACAACAUGAGAACAAGAUCAAAACACAGUCGUAAGCAGAAGGAAAAUGAGAAAAUAUUCGACAAUAAUGAGGAAUCAUCUGAUUGGGUACCUACAGAAAUAAGGAUAAAACCAGAAGGUAGGCCCAAGAGGAGGCGCCAAGAUGAGUCAAGAAUUUUGAACGGAAUUUCUCCACCAAGCCAUGAGAAUCCUAUAGAAACUCUAGCAACAACAGUCCAGCUAUUACCUCAAAGAUUAGCUAGAAUGUUCGAACAGGCCGAAAAAUAUGCUAAAGAAAACUUUUUGCCUUUCGUUAGCACCUACACACCAAAAUUCAUCUCCGAAAUAAUAGCGCCGAAAGAAAAUGCACCAAAAUACGUUCCUUUGAACUACAAAGAACCGAGUAACAUUGUGAUAUCUAGGGAAAGUAUCUCAUCUAAGUCGAGUGAAGCGAGAAGUAUGCUAAACAAAAGAUUUGAUCCUCCACCACCAGAAAUGAACACUGAAGAAAUAAACACCCCUCAUAGUAAUAUCCAGAGGAUCUCAAAGGAUGAACGGAGAACAGGAAAGGAGGAGAUGGAAAAAGUGAUGACAGUGACAGCAGAGUACAAAACUGAACCAACCAUUACGGUGGAUCGUUCGACAUCUUCACCGUUGAAGGAAGUCACGAGAAGAAUUAGGGAUGAUAAGAACGUACGGAGCAGCAAACCAGACGGCCCUUUGGGUUUUAUCUUGACCACAGUACAGGAUAUUCCAGAAAACAUUGGAAAGGCUUUCCGAGAUGCAGAAAGGUUUACCAGAGAAAAUGUUCUGCCUAUCGUCAACAGUCUAACACCAAAAUUCAUCACCGAUCUUUUCGCUCCAAAGGAAUUACCAAGAUUGAUCCCCUUUAGCAGUGAAGAAUCCGCUUCGGAGUUUUCCAUGAAACUUCCUGGUGUUACCAGAGAUAAAAGAAAUAAAAAGCUUUCUUCUUCGAUGGAUGAAAAUUCACAUAUUCAAACUAAAGCAGCUAUUGAGAGUACUAUCGCUUCAGAGACAACAACUCCAUAUAGUCACAUUCAAAAAAUUCCAUUGAAAAUGCUGAAAUGAAUUGAUUGAACAUUUUGCCAACCGUCAUGGCGUAUUCCAUUGUGAUUUUGUAUAUAGCUGUGUAAAUAGUUUGUAAGAUUUUGAGCCGACAUUUCAUAUAUUAUUAUAAUUAAUAAAAUAACCAAACACU